AUGUGUCUGGUGACUGUGCGUGAUCUUGCGCAGGCAAUGUCGAAGAUUACUAAGUGGAAGAUUGAGAAAACUAAAGUGAAAGUGGUCUUCCGGCUGCAGUUCCACGCCACGCAUAUUCCUCAAUCGGGAUGGGAUAAAAUUUUCAUAUCUUUUAUUCCUGCUGACUCUGGAAAAGCAACUGCAAAAACAACCAAAGCCAAUGUAAGAAACGGGACCUGCAAAUGGGCAGAUCCUAUCUAUGAGACCACAAGACUUCUCCAAGACAUUAAAACCAAGCGAUAUGAUGAAAAGCUCUAUAAGCUUGUUAUAGCGAUGGGUUCAUCACGGUCUAGUGUCCUUGGGGAGGCUACAAUCAACCUUGCUGAUUAUGCUGAUGCAUUAAAACCUUCUGCCAUUGCCUUGCCUCUUCAUGGAUCUGAUUCUGGAACUACUUUGCAUGUCACUGUACAGCUGCUCACGUCAAAAACUGGUUUCCGAGAGUUUGAGCAGCAGAGGGAGCUCAGAGAAAGGGGAUUGCAGACUGACCAAAAUAGCCCUGACGAAUCCUCUGGUGGAAAAGUAUCAUCUUCUGAAGGGAUAAUCAAUGAUCAGAUAGAUAAGGUAAAUAUCAGAGUUAGAUUUAAAGAAAAAUCUAAAGACCUCGCUUCACUCGAAGAAGAGGUGGGGCCAAAAGAAGAAUAUGCAGACUCGGCUGCUGGAUUUGAGGGCUCUUCCAAUACUUCAGAGAGUUUAUACGCAGAGAAGCAUGAUACUUCUAGCACACAUGAAAUUGAAAGCCUUAAGAGUACCAUCUCUGGUGACUUAGCUGGACUUUCCCUUAGUCAAAGUCCUCAGCUGGAGAAAGGGGAUCCUUCUGAUCAUCGAUUUUUGGCUCAAGGGACGAAUGAUUGGGUUCAUGCCUGGAGUUCAGACUAUUCUGCAGAUAAUGACUUGGCAGCUGCUUAUGAAGAGAACGGUAGACUUAGAGGAAGCUUGGAAGUGGCUGAGUCAUCUAUUCUUGAGCUUAAACAGGAGGUAAGCUCCUUACAGGGUCAUGCUGAUGAAAUAGGUCAUGAAGCCCAAAAAUUUGCUAAGCAACUUGCUUCUGAGAUUGCUUCUGGCGAAGAGAUGGCGAAAGAGGUGUCCGUACUGAAGUCAGACUGCUCAAAGUUGAAAGAUGAUCUUGAACGGGUAAAGGUUUAUCGAUUAUGCCCUCCAUUUAGCAGCAGAAAUGCUACAGAACCCAGACAGGAUCACAGAUUUCAAGAUUUGCAGCCCAGAUGGCUAAAGGGGCUUUUAUCCAUGGAAGAUAAGAUAAAAGAGCUUCAAAAGAAGGCAUGCUUGGAAUACCAUGAAAGUGACUUGAGAUCCCUGUGCUCGGACAUGGAGGAGUUGUUUGGCGUGCUGCAGAAUCUCAAGCAAGGAACAGGGCUGCCAAUUUCCAGUAUCCACUUGGUUCCUUCUGAAGGAUCUAGCCUGAAGGAGAUCAGAGAAAUGAGUUUACAUAAACAUGACCAGUUUGGAAGUGAAUCUGGGUUUGAUGUGGACUUAUAUCAACCAGAACUAGGCAUGCUUCAUUGUCUUAAUAUUCCUGGCCUGGUGUCUCAUGAGCCUGAUUCUAUAGAUACUACCAAUGCAAUGAAAGGAAAAAUAUUUGAACUUCUGAGGGAAUUGGAUGAAUCAAAAGCUGAACGAGGGAGCCUUGCAAAGAAAAUGGACCAGAUGGAGUGUUACUAUGAAGCUCUUGUCCAGGAGCUCGAGGAAAAUCAGAGGCAGAUGCUGGGGGAGUUGCAAAAUCUCAGAAGUGAGCAUGCUACUUGCUUGUAUACAGUUUCAUCCACAAAGGAAGAGAUGGAGACAAUGCGUCAAGAUCUGAAUGACCAACUAUUAAGACUUGUUGAAGAAAAAAGUGAUUUGGAUUCUCUGAACAAGGAGCUUGAAAGGAGGGCUGUUACUGCAGAGGGAGCGCUCAAAAGGGCACGCCUGAAUUAUUCUAUUGCUGUCGACCAGUUACAAAAGGACCUGGAACUGCUCUCAGUCCAGGUUUUGUCUAUGUUUGAGACUAACGAGAAUCUCAUCCGGCAAGCUUUUGUAGACUCUUCACAAUCAGGCCUUGAAGGAAACCCAAUAACCACAGAGAGCCAAAGAUCUGAUUCAAGGGAAGCUCGUAUGGGGAAACUCUUUCAGUUCCAAAAUCAGUUCUUCGGGAUAAAGAAACAGCAGUUGGGUGGUGAUAUUCCUUUAGGUGAUCUGAAAAGAUCACUACAUUUGCAGGAAGGGCUUUACAGGAAGGUUGAAGAAGAAGCUUGUGAAAUGCAUUUUGCAAAUCUAUACUUGGAUGUACUUUCAAAGGCUCUACAGGAAACUUUGCUUGAAGCCAAUGAUGAUGUCAAUUGUAUGAGAGAGAAAAUAAACGAACUUAUGCAGCAGCUAGAGCUUUCAAUUGAGUCCAAGGAGUCGUUGUUGAAAAAGCUGCACUCUGCAUCGAAUGAUGUUCAUGCCUUAAAUGAGCAUAGGGCUACUUGCAUUGCCAAGUGCAAUGACAUGGCUCAGCAAAACCAAGUUUUGGAAGCAAAUUUGCAAAAUGUCACAUGUGAAAACCACCUUCUUUUGCAGAAGAUUGCUGAAUGGGAGUCUCUAGUGAUGCAAUACAGAAGCUACGAGAGCAUGUAUGAGGCUUCUGCUGCAGAGAGAACAGAGUUGGCUUGUUUAUUGGAAAAUAAAACCCUAGAAAAUUGUGAUCUUCAAAAUGAGAUCUUCUCUUUGCAGGAAGAGCUGAAAACUUUCAGAAGUGAAUUUAAUGAUCUGGCUUCUGUGAAGGAAAAGCUGCAGGAUUUAGUCAAUUUCAUGGAGAGUAAGUUGCAGAACUUGCUGGCAUCCUAUGACAACAGUAUCCAUGGACUGCUUCCUAGUGAAUCUGGCUAUCAGGAUUUAGAGUCCUGGGAUUUAACUGGUCUCAUGAUGCAACUUGAAGAGCUUCAGCAUAAUUCAUGUGAAAAGAUUCUCCAGCUCUUGGAAGAGAAGAAAAGUCUGGUUCACGAGAGAGAGAUUGCUCAAGUGUCCAUCGCUGCAGCUAAAUCAGAUAUUGCAUUGAUGAAACAGAAGUUUGAAUGUGAUAUACAAAACAUGGUGGAUAAAUUCGACGUGUCAAAUGCUUUGAUGCAGAAGCUUCAGUUGGAUGUUGAGGGCAUUGCUGACAAAAUGAAGGUUAGCUCUGAAGUUGAAGAUAAAUAUGCACAGCAGCAGAAUGAGCUUUUGUCUGAUCUUGAUCGUCUGGAAGUUCAGUUGAAAGAACUUAUUUCUAAGAACAGGGACCUUGGUCAUGAAAUCUUGGCAUUAGAUACAGUUGCUAGUGAGCUUGAUAAGACUAAGCUGACUGCAGCAGAACUCACGAAAGAAAACCAAGCUUUGAUGGCUUCUAUACGGGAUAAAAACGAGGCGUCCUCCAGGAUUGCCUCAGAACUCGAUAGUUUGAAAGGAAGUUUGCGAUCUCUGCACGAUGAAAACCAAGAUUUGAUGGCAUCUUCACUAGAUAAGAAGGAAGAGUCUGUUCAGCAGGCUUCAGAGUUGAGCAACUUGAAAAAUAGGAUAGAAUCUCUGCAUGAUGAAAAUCAAGCUCUGAUGGAAAGUUUACGGAAUAAAACUGAGGAAGCUGCCAACCUUGCAUCAGAACUAAAUUGUUUGAAAGAAAAUUUGCGAUUUGUGCGUUGUGAAAACCAAACUUUGAUGGUAUCUUCACUUGAUAAAGAGGAGGAAUCUGCCAAGCUUGCAUCGGAACUAAACAGUUUGAAAGAAAGUUUCCGGAUUCUGCAUGAAGAAAAUCAGGCUCGGAUGACAUCUGCAAGGGAUGCAAAGGAGGAAUCUACCAAGCUUGUGUCAGAGCUAAACAGUUUGAAAGAAACUUUGCAAUCUUUGCAUUGUGAAAAACAAGCUUUGAUGACAUCUUCACAGGAUAAAACUGAGGAAGCUUCCAAGCUUGCAUCAGAGCUGAAGAUUUUGAAGGAGAUUUUGCAAUCUUUGCAUGAUGAAAACCAAGUUUCAAUGGCAUGUUUGCAGGAUAAGACAGAGGAAUCUGCCAGGCUUGCAUCAGAGCUGAACAGUUUGAGAGAAUGCCUGCAAACUUUGCAAGAUGAAAAGCAAGCUUUGAAGGUGUCUUCACUGAAUAAAACUGAGGAGUCUGCCCAACUUGCUUCAGAUCUGAUCAGUUUGAGAAAGAGUUUGCAAUCCCUGCACGAUGAGCUGCAUGAUGAGAGAAGCUUGCGAGAGGGGUUACAGAGUACAAUAACGGAUCUGACUUCCCAAUUAGACGAGAAGCAGUGCCAGUUGCUCCGAUUCGAUCACCACGAGUCUGAAUUGACUCGUACCAAACACUUGGUAUCAGAUCUAGAAUCUGAAAAAUCAAGAGUUUGCCGUCUUUUGUUGCAGUCUGAGGAAUGUCUUAAUAAUGCUCGUGAAGAAGCUUCCACUGUUUCUGCACUCAAAACUCAGUUGUCUGAGAUGCAUGAACAUUUAAUAGCUUCCGAUAUUCGAUUCAUUUUUGCGAAGACUCAAUAUGAAGGCGGAGUUGAAGUGCUUCUUCAUCAACUGCACUCCUCAGAUACGCAACUUGCCCAACUUCAGAAGAAGCAUCUUGACAUGGAAACUAUCCUUAAUCGCUGUCUUGCCAGUGAAACCCAAUACAUUGAAGAGAGAGCUAGGUUGUUGACAAAUCUCAACUCGUCUCAGUCUGAGCUAGAGGCUUCUAUUGCUGAAAACGGGUUACUUGUCGAGGCAAACAGAGUUGUAAGAGCUGAGCUCAAGGAAGUAAAAAAUAAUUCUCAAAAUGUUGUGCUUAGUUAUUUUGAGGAUAAAACUCAGCAUUCUGAAGAGGUUAAAAAGCUGAAGUGCAUGUUGGUGACAUCUGAAGGAGAGAUUGAUAAUCUGGUGUUCUCCAAAGUUGAGCUGGAAGUAAAAGUUCUUGUUCUUAAAGCCAAAUUGGAUGAACAGCAAGCACUGAUCAUUACACUUGAAGGAUACUCUGAUGAAUUAGUGAUGCUGCAAAAACACUGCAAUGAGCUUAAUCAGAGGCUUUCUGAUCAGAUUUUGAAGACAGAAGAAUUCAGAAACUUGUCUGUCCAUUUGAAAGAGCUCAAAGACAAGGCUGAUGCUGAGUGUAUCCAGGCUCGUGAAAAAGAGAACCUGAAGGCCCGCCAGUAG